AUGUCUUGUAAGACCGUUCUCGCUUCAAAGGUUUCUGCUUCUUUCAGAAACCAAAUCAAGGAAGAUAUCAAAGAGCGCAACAUCAGACCAAAGUUGGUUGGUUUCCUCGCUAAUGAAGAUCCUGCUGCUAUGAAAUAUGCUGAAUGGACCGCAAAAACAUGUGCUGAAACUGGCGUUGAAUUCGAGCUUCGUAAGGUCACCAAGUUGGAGUUGGAAGGAAAGAUCACAGAAGCCAAUGAAGAUAAGUCUGUCAACGGUAUCAUGGUGUACUACCCUGUUUUCGGUGGAAAGCAAGAUUUGUAUCUCCAAAGCUGUGUCAGCGAGCUCAAGGAUGUUGAGGGUCUCUGUCACAAAUUUGUGCACAAUGUAUAUCACAACAUUCGUUUCAUGGAUGACACUGAGACUAUGAAGUGUAUCAUUCCUUGUACUCCCCUUGCCUGUGUCAAAAUCCUCGAGUAUAUUGGUGUUUACAAUCCCGUUAUUCCUUACGGUAACCGUCUAUAUGGCCGCACAAUUGCUGUGAUCAAUCGCAGUGAAAUUGUUGGUCGUCCUUUAGCCGCCAUGCUUUCUAACGAUGGUGCCAAAGUCUUCUCUGUGGAUGUCAAUGGCAUCCAACUCUUUACUCGUGGUACUGGUAUCAAGUUGGCUCGCCAUCAAGUAGAGGACAUUGAUGCUACCGUUGAAGAAGUUAUACCUCAAUGUGAUGUUGUCAUCACUGGCGUACCCACACCCAAGUACAAGAUGCCUACUUCUUUAUUGAAGGAUGGUGUUGUUGCCAUCAACUUUUCAUCCUCUGCUAACUUUGAAGAUGACAUCAAGUCGAAGGCUUCCAUCUUUGUUCCUUCUGUUGGCAAAGUCACUGUAGCCAUGUUGGAGCGCAAUUUGCUUCGUUUGCAUGAUUAUCAAAAUAAUUUGACUGAAAAGAAGAACUAA